AUGUCGCAAGACGUAAUGACCUCACAUGUAUUUAUAAGCAGAGGGAUACAACCAACAAUGAGAAAGGUUAGGGUUAUGCUCUGCCUGUUGGCAGUUAUUCUUUACGUCGAAGCAAGAUCUACGCACAAGGGAAAACAUCAGAAACGUCAGGCCGGCUGUGGAACAACCUGCCCAGUAGCCUGUGCACCAGCUUGUCUCCCAUCUUGCUGUGCAGCACCACCACCUCCUCCACCAGGACCUCAAGGACCUCAAGGAGCAAGAGGAAAUCCAGGACCCGCAGGACUUAACGGACCACCCGGUCUUCCUGGCCCACCAGGUCUCCCAGGUCCACCAGGCCCACCCGGACCACCAGGAAUCCAACAGCCACCUCCAGCACCAUGUCAAGCAGUAUGCUUUCAACAAUGUUUCCCUACUUGCCCAAGUUAUUGUUGCCCACAGGCCCCACCUCCACCACCAUGUCCCCCAGUUUGCGCUUCAACCUGUGCCCCAGUUUGCCCACCAGCAUGUUGUAAGAAGAAGAGAAGUUCAAUUCACCACCACAAAGCCGAGAAGCCAAUAGUCAUCAUUGAACGAAAGGAAUAA